CCAACAACCAAAGGCCAAUUACUUAAAAGAUUCACUCCAACCAAAGCUAAGAAACUAAUUAAAACCAUGGGAAGAGACAACUCAUUCACAUAGCUUCCAUUCUCAUUCUUCUCCUAACAAUAAUAACAACAAGAAGAAGAUUGAGAAGGAAAAGGAGGAGAUGGAAAGGAGAGUUGAAAAUAAGAAGAAGACAGGGAGUUUCUUUAAAUCCAUAUUAACAAUAUUCAAGCAUGCAGACAAUAUAGACCGAUUGUUGAUGGUUUUUGGUUUCAUUGGCGCCAUUGGGGAUGGCCUUGCAGUGCCAGUCAUGUUUUUCAUCACCAGCAAGGCCAUGAACAACUUGGGUGAUGGCAACUCCUCACACUCCCUUUCCAUCCACAGGAUUAACAAGAACGCGUUGGAUUUCUUGUUCUUGGCUUGUGGGGUAUUUGUCGUCUGUUUUUUAGAGGGGUAUUGUUGGACAAGAACAGGGGAGAGACAAGCAUCGGCAAUAAGAGUCAAAUAUCUAAAAGCAGUGCUUAGGCAAGAUAUAGAGUACUUUGAUCUCAAGGUGGCCUCUACAAGCGAGAUCAUCAACAACAUCUCCACUGAUAGCCUUGUCAUCCAAGAUGUUAUUAGCGAAAAGGUGCCUAAUUUCAUAAUGAAUUUCACAAUGUUCUUGGGAAAUUAUGCAAUCGGUUUCUUCCUUAUGUGGAGACUAGCAAUAGUUGCACUUCCUACGGUGUUUCUACUCAUUAUCCCUGGUAUAAUGUGUGGGAGGAUUCUCAUGAGCAUUGCUAGGGAUAUGAGAGAGGAAUAUAGUAAGGCUACACAUGUUGUUGAGCAAGCUAUAUCAUCAUUGAGGACCGUUUACUCUUUUGUUGGUGAACGGAAAACUAUGGAAGAUUUCUCUGAGGCAAUGGAUGGCUCUGUCAAGCUUGGCCUUCGUCAAGGACUCAUCAAGGGAUUGGCCAUUGGUAGCAAUGGUGUCACGUUUGCCAUUUGGUCUUUUCUCUGUUGGUAUGGAAGCAAGAUUGUCAUGCACCACGGUGGCCAUGGAGGCACCGUUUUUGCUGUUGGAGCUGGAGUCAUCUUUGCCGGCAUGGCUCUAGGGUCAGGUUUAUCAAACGUGAACUACUUUUCGGAAGCGAUUUCCGCUGGAGAAAGAAUAAUGGAGGUGGUGGAAAGAGUACCAAAAAUUGACAUUGAUACAAAAGAAGGUGAGAUAUUAGAGAAUGUACACGGAGAGGUGGAGUUCAAAGUGGUUGAUUUUGCUUACCCAUCCCGACCAGAGAACUUGAUACUGAAUGAGUUUAGCUUAAAGGUGCCGGCCGGGAUGACCGUGGCGCUCGUCGGGGGUAGUGGCUCUGGAAAGUCUACAGUAAUUGCCUUGUUGGAAAGGUUUUAUGAUCCAAUGCAUGGUGAGGUUUUAUUGGAUGGUGUGAACAUUAAGAAGUUGAAACUCAAGUGGUUGAGGUCUCAAAUGGGCUUAGUGAGUCAAGAGCCAUCUCUGUUUGCAACUUCAAUUAAGGAAAACAUAUUGUUUGGCAAAGAGGAUGCAUCAAUGGAUGAAGUUGUGGCUGCUGCCCAGGCUUCCAAUGCUCAUAACUUCAUUUCUCAAUUACCACAGGGCUAUGAUACUCAGGUAGGAGAAAGAGGAAUUCAAAUGUCCGGAGGUCAGAAACAAAGAAUAGCUAUUGCAAGAGCACUACUCAAGUCCCCAAAGAUCCUCCUCCUUGAUGAAGCCACUAGUGCACUAGACUCUGAAUCAGAGAGGAUAGUCCAAGAAGCUCUAGACAAUGCCUCACUCGGUCGAACAUCGAUUGUUAUUGCCCAUCGUCUUUCCACCAUUCGCAAUGCGGAUCUAAUUACUGUUAUUCAAGCUGGUAAAGUAAUGGAGACUGGUACUCACACUGAGCUCAUUCAAGAUGAAGAUGGUUUAUACUCAACUCUGGUUCACCUUCAACAAUCAUCUAAAACAAUAAAAAUCACAGAAGAAAUCAAUCCCUCUUCAUCAAUUUAUUUGCCCAUAAGCAACAUCGAAGACCGGAGUAGUCAAAGCAUGAGCCGGAUAAGCUCGGCAAAAUCUUUGGAGAGCAAUGAGCCACAAGAAGACCAACUAGAGUCAAAGAUGAAACCACCGGUACCAUCAUUCUCGCGGUUAGUGCUUAUGAACACACCGGAAUGGAAGCAAGCAGUUAUCGCUUGCAUAAGUGCUACUAUCUUUGGUGGAGUCCAACCUGCAUAUGCAUAUGGAAUGGGGAGUGUGAUAUCUGUAUACUUUCUCAAAGAUCACAAGGAGGUGAGUGACAAAAUAAGGAUGUAUUCAUUGCUAUUCCUCUCAUUGUCCUUUGUUUCCUUGUUCCUCAAUGUUGUGCAGCACUAUAAUUUUGGUGCAAUGGGUGAGUACCUCACCAAGAGAGUGAGGGAGACCAUGUUGGCCAAGAUGCUCACAUUUGAAGUUGGUUGGUUUGAUCGAGAUGAGAAUUCUACCGGUGCUAUUUGCUCCCGUCUUGCUAAAGAUGCCAAUGCGGUGAGAUCACUGGUAGGGGAUAGAAUGGCACUGUUAAUCCAAACCUUCUCUGCAGUUACCAUUGCAUGGACACUAGGUCUGGUUAUUGCAUGGAGGUUGGCAGUGCUUAUGAUAGCUGUGCAACCUCUCGUCAUUAUGUGCUUCUAUGCACGUAAAAUGUUGCUCAAGAACAUGUCCGGCAAGGCAAUCAAAGCUCAAUCUGAGAGUAGCAAACUUGCCGUGGAAGCAAUUUCUAACCUCCGUACCAUCACAGCUUUUUCUUCACAAGACCGCAUUCUUCGGCUUUUUGAGCUUGCUCAAGAAGGACCAAAGAGGGAAAGUGUGAGGCAGUCAUGGUAUGCCGGUUUUGGUCUUGCUUCCUCACACGGUCUAAUGAAUUGUACAUGGGCUCUUGACUUCUGGUACGGUGGGAAACUCAUCUCUCAUGGAUAUAUCACUUCAAAAGAAUUUUUCCAAACUUUCAUGAUUCUUGUUAGCACUGGUCGUGUUAUUGCUGAUGCUGGUACCAUGACUACCGAUCUUGCGAAGGGUAGUGAUGCUGUUAGCUCGGUGUUUACGGUGCUAGACCGAAACUCACAGAUUGAACCUAAGGACCCAAAAGGCUACUUACCGGAUAAACUCAUUGGAAAUGUGGAUAUUUGUGAUGUCAACUUCGCUUAUCCAACUCGUCCUGAUAUUAUUAUCUUCAAAAACUUCUCUUUGAGCAUUGAAGCAGGGAAGUCAACUGCUCUUGUUGGGCAAAGUGGAUCAGGGAAGUCUACUAUAAUUGGGCUUAUUGAGAGAUUCUAUGAUCCAUUGAAAGGAUCAAUAAAAAUAGAUGGAAAGGACAUAAAAACGUUUCAUCUCCGUGUGUUGAGGAAACACAUUGCAUUGGUGGGGCAAGAGCCUACAUUGUUUAAUGAUACUAUUAUGGGAAACAUCAAAUACGGGUCCGAAGAGGCUACAGAGGCAGAGGUGGAGGUGGCCGCCAGAGUGGCAAAUGCACAUGAUUUUAUAAGUGGCCUUCAAAAUGGAUAUGAGACAUUAUGUGGGGAUAAAGGUGUGCAAUUAUCAGGUGGACAAAAACAACGUGUUGCUAUUGCAAGAGCAGUACUAAAGAACCCUACUAUAUUGUUGUUAGAUGAGGCAACCAGUGCAUUAGAUAGUCAGUCAGAGAAAGUGGUGCAAGAGGCCCUUGAGAGAGUAAUGGUUGGGAGGACAAGUGUGGUGGUGGCACAUAGAUUAAGCACAAUACAAAAUUGUGACCUUAUUGCGGUGCUUGAGAAAGGGAUGGUUAAGGAAAAGGGUAGCCAUGCCUCUCUUAUUGCAAAAGGUCCCUCUAGUACUUAUUUUUCUCUUAUUAGCCUCCAAUAGGGAUCUAAGAACACAGAGUAAAAUGAAUUGUGAUUUUCUGACUUUAAAUUUUUUAAGUUGUAUUGUUUAUAGCUAGUAAAAUCUUUUAUUUCUGAUU